UUAAUCCUAAAAUGGUCCUCCGUGCUAUAAAAGAAUCCCCAGACGAGUUUUCUCUCGCGACAAACCCUCCGUGGUCACUGUGGGAGAGGGAGAGGGAGAGAGGAGGGGCAGAUAGAAGCCAUGGUCUCGUUGAAGCUCCAGAAGCGGCUCGCCGCGAGCGUGCUCAACUGCGGCAGAGGGAAGGUCUGGCUCGACCCUAAUGAGAUCAAUGAAAUCUCUAUGGCCAAUUCUAGGCAGAACAUCAGGAAACUGGCAAAGGAUGGUCUCAUAAUCAAGAAACCAACAAAGAUCCACUCUCGUGCCCGAGCAAACAGAAUGAAGGAGGCCAAGAGGAAGGGUCGCCACUCCGGAUAUGGUAAGCGCAAGGGUACCAGGGAGGCAAGGCUGCCAACCAAAAUCCUCUGGAUGAGGAGAAUGCGUGUGCUUAGGCGUUUGCUCCGUAAGUACUGGGAAUCAAAGAAAAUUGACAAGCACAUGUACCAUGACAUGUACAUGAAGGUGAAAGGUAAUGUAUAUAAAAACAAGCGGGUCCUCAUGGAGAGUAUUCAUAAGUCAAAGGCUGAAAAGGCAAGAGAGAAGACUCUUUCUGAUCAGUUUGAGGCCAAGCGUGCUAAGAACAAGGCAAGCAGGGAGAGAAAGAUAGCCAGGAGAGAAGAACGGUUGGCACAGGGUCCUGGAGAGAGGGCACCACCAGUUGCUGCACCACAACCAGCAGAGGGGGGCAAAAAAUCCAAGAAGUGAGAAGUGAAACAUCUCCACGAUGAACACUGAAUACGGUUCCUUCUUGUGGAUUGUCUUUCAAUUAUAAAGAAUUGAGCCUUGGAAUUCUAAUUGUUAUUUUGUUCUUUUUUUUCUUAAUUUCUUGAUGAUGUAUUUGUUACAUUUCUCAUGUCUUCUAAGACAUGAGAAUUUUGAACCGCACUUGAAUUAGUAGAAGUACAGUUAUCUUUUA